UCCAAGAGAAUCCCCGACGGUGGGGCCCCUCCCUUUCUGUUCCUUGCCGCCCUCACUCAUUCAUGACCCGGGAUUGGUGACGUAGGAGAUUCCUCGGUGCCCACUGCCGUAGGCAAUAACCGCAUGCUUGAGUAUAUAUGGGACAGUUGUAGCCAACAACCGGCACAGUCGCUCCGACUCGGGAACCAGGGCAUCAGCAGAGAUAGCAGGCUUUACUUCGCCCUAUUAGGCUAACUCGCUUUAAGCUUUGGUUCAGGAUGGACACCUCUUCGAUUUCUCGGAGCCGACGAUGCUCCAUUAUGCGCAACUGCAAAAGCGGUCUCUCCCUCUGGCUGGUGGUGUGGCUGGUCCUCGGCAAGCCAAGUCCGGCAUCGGCGUGCCCGCACAAUUGCGUGUGCUACCCGACGCCCAUGACUGUGAGCUGCCAGGCGCAGAACUUCACCGCCGUCCCGGUCGGAGUGCCCUAUGAGUCGCAGCGCGUAUUCCUCCAGAACAACCGCAUCACGGAGCUGAGAGUUGGUUCUUUUGGCUUUGGGACUCAGGUCCUGUGGCUGUUCUCUAACAACAUUACGUGGAUCGAGGCUGGGGCCUUCAGUGAGCUGAGGGACUUGGAGGAGUUGGAUUUGGGGGACAACUCCAACCUCCAUAGGCUGGAGGGGGGAGCCUUCCGCGGUCUUGAGAAGCUGCAGAGUCUCCACAUGCACCGCUGCCGGCUCACUGCCCUGCCCCAUGACAUCUUCCACAAGCUAUACAGCCUGCAGUUCCUCUACCUGCAGGAGAAUAACCUCCACUUCCUGCAAGACGACAUCUUCUCUGACCUCAUCAACUUGAGCCAGCUUUUCCUGCAUGGCAACCGAAUCCGCACCCUAUCAGAGAACGUGUUCCGUGGCUUGGUGAACCUCGACCGCCUUCUCCUCCAUGACAACCGCAUCAGGCAGGUGAAUCGCCGAGCCUUCCGCGACCUCGGCCGCCUCACCAUGCUUUUCCUUUUCAACAACUCCCUGGCUGAGCUACCCAGCCAGACCCUGAGGGACACCCAGGGGAUAGAGUUCCUUCGCCUCAACGCCAACCCCUGGUCCUGUGGCUGCGAGGCCCGUGCCCUGUGGGAGUGGUUCCGUGAGGCCCGCGUCUCUUCUUCCGAGGUUAUCUGCGCUUCCCCUUCUGCUCGCCGCAACCAGGACCUCCGCUUUCUUCGUGAGAUGGACUUCGCCCUCUGCCCCCUUCCCGACGCCGGCUCCAUCGCUGGUUCCACCACCACCACCUUCAGCACCAAGACCCGCUGGUGGUUCCACAAGAACAAGCCUCAGUCGUCAACGAAAGGUGUCUUCGAGAAAGCCUCAGAGAAUGUCAAAGCUGGUUUGUACGGGAAAGGCCCAUCCACAACAACCUCAGUAGUCAAGUAUGAGUUGGGGGAGGAAGAGCUGGCGCUACCCAAGCUCGACGCAGAAGAGUACUGGGCGAACUACGGCAAUGAGGACUCAGGUGUCACCCUGCGAUGCUUCGAGCUUGAAUGUCCGCCUGACUUUGACUUGCCUACAUCCUCCUCCUCUCCCUCAUCACCCUCUUUCCUCACACUAAUAGCCCUUUCUGUUUGCAGUCUCUGCAUCAACCUCCACCAGCUAUUCGGCUGAAUGUGACUUUUAGCGCCACAUCCCAAUUCCCCUUUCAGCCUGUUUUAAAGGCUGGGAGGAAUCCUGUUAGACUCAAAACCCCCUUUGCCCGCUUUGCUGUUAGCCAAUUCUCAAGGCACAGCCAGGGAGAUAGGGGGACGGUGAGAUCCUGAAUCUACCACCUACAGGGCUUAAUACUUUUCUAAGAGUUCUUCAACUAAGGUCAAGUACAUCUACAAUACUUUACAGGUAUGGCUUUCAAUGUCUCACCUGUAUGGUGUCACGUUGAGUUUCCCUGCUAUCAGGGCUACGAGGGCUGAGUCCAUCACCGAUAUCAGUGCAAUUAGUAAAUGAUGUGCUUAUUUUUUUCACAAAUAAUUGCUAUUAGUGCAUCCAGUGUACUGGCUGCUACGAAUACUACGAUAACUGUUAGAAUCAGUGCAAGACAAUACUGUAACCACUUAAAGUGUCAUGUAAAUAGGUAUGUUCUUUCGUGAUAUCUGUGGUUCAACUUUCAUCUCCAUUUAGGAGUGCUUCUACAGGGCAGAGCACAGUGUGGAUCUGAGUUUGCUCAUGACAGAACAGAGAGGAAGAUAUACUGUGAAGCUAGGAGGGGAAAGACAGUAAGAGGAAUGCAGUGGCUUUGAGAAAAAGGAACGUCAGCGAGGAGAACGACAGGGAGAAGAAAGGGAGGGGUUGUUUAACGAAACAACAUUAGAAAGAGGAAGAGAUAAAAAGGAGGGAGGAGGGGGGACAGUGUUCAUGCAGCAAUAAGAAAGGAGGCGGAGAGAACACAGCGAGGCACUGUGACAGAGACAGUGCUGGCCAUAGAAGCAGCAACAUGCAGGAGAAAAGUAAUACAUCCACUCAUCAGAUAGUUGAUCCACCCAUCGAACUCACCACCAUCCACCAUUUUCUGUAAAUGUGGUGUCGUUUGAGACAACCACUGGGGAAGAAUGCUUCCUGUCAGGAAGCCAGAUAUUUUGCUUUUUUGAUGUCUUUCUGUGACAUAUUGAUAUACUGUGUUAAGAUUGUUGACAUGGAUGCAGAUCAAGAUCUUGAUAAAAAAUAAUACACUGAAUAUUUCCUGAAUCAUGCUUUUCUUUGGGGCUGAACCGACUUAAAAAAAAAAGGGAUUCAAAGGGGAAAUUUUAAAUGUAAAAUUCCAAUGGUUUAUGCCAAUGGCCUGACAAAUAUUUGGGAACUACCCUCUCUCAGAGCCAUAAUCCGAGAAAUAAGUGCCAACCUUGGGAUGUCAUGAAGUUUGCAGCCGCUUCAUAGAAAAAUGUCAUACAUUUUCACUGAUAUUUUUGGAGUGUCUUAGACAAGACACAACAUGAAUUAAGAACUGUUUAAGGUUUUCUACAUGGUAAUGCAGUGAACGCAAAAACAACAUGGAACUGAAAACAAAAACCAAAAUUCCAACAAGAAGUAGCAGAUUGCUGCUAUUUGACUAAACAGUGACUAAUGUGGAGUGAGAGGACUGACCACAUGGAGCCGAUGUCCUCUAAUAGGCAUCUGUCUGUUUGUUUGUGUGUGUGUGUGUGUGUGUGUGUGUGUGUGUGUGUGUGUGUGUGUGUGUGUGUGUGUGUGUGUGUAUGUGGUUGAAUCGAGAUGAAUGGAUUCACAUGCUGGCAUGUCUGUAAAAGGCAAAUACGUCAGUAGGUUUGUCACUCCCAUGACUCACCGGUGGGCGAUGCAAGAUGGAUGGUAGAGGUGCAAAUUGGCUGAUUUGUAAAUACGUUAAGAGAGCAAGAACAGAGAACAGAAGACAAAUUAAGACCAGAUAAAUUAUGUGAGGCAAUAGAUGAGUGGGCUCAAACCUAAAAGGGAUUUCUAAAUGCUGAGAAUGCAGAAAUGACUAGAGAUGCUUAGCAGUGGUAGUAUUAUGAAAUAAGGGAGGUGGAAGUUACCAUAUAUAGGCAUCCACUCUCCGCCUUUUGCCAUGUAGGAAGCAAGAUACUGGAGGUGUUCUGAUGCUGAAUUUGUUCUUUCCUUUUGUUUGCACACCGGUUUCCUUCAUCCCUUAACGCAUAGCAAAGAAGAAAGGCAGGAAGGAGGGGUCCUUAGCAGCAGUAGAGGUGAUGAAGGCAAGGCCAAGAUGUAGGAGGAAGAGUAGGAGGUAAUGUAAGAGAUGUACACACACACACAGAUCCACUUUUCAUACCCGCUAGCCUUGCCUCAACAGAGACAUAUUAACACAUUCUUCUUUUCUCUCUAUGGCUCUGAGUAAAUGAAAAGCGACUUGGUCCUUGACAAUGUCAAUGCAGGUCAUAAUUAUCAUAUUUUAGGGAAAUAUUCAGUGUAAUCUCGCUGUUCAGUCUCUUGUUGAGUCUUGUGGGAGGAGGUCAAACUGAGCCAGGGUGCUCUUCAGUGGUCAUGACAGUGAACUCACUGUCAGACGACCAAAAUGCCAGUUAUACCAUUUUGAUGUUCUAUUUUUUGUAUCUGAGGAAGAAAUAAUAAUUCUAUAUGACAGAACACUUGGUAUGUUAUUUUUACUGUAAAAGUAUGUCAUUAAGAUUGCUUAAAGAAAGGAAUAAAUUCAUACUUGUUUGAACAAAA